AGCAAAUAUUGCAUAUACUCUCUUUUUAACCAAAAAGUUAUGCUUCACACUUUUAUUUAACUGGCUUUUUUCCAUUAACACUGUGCCUUGAACAUCUUUCCAUGUCUGCAACAGCUUAUUUAACGAGUAUUUACUAAAUGCUCACUCUUUACUUACCAUUGUGUUAGAUGCUAAAGAUACUGCUUUUAGUAGAACGGACAAAGUCCCUACUCACCUAGAGGUUGCACCCUCAUGGGAGAAGUAGACCUCAGGCAAACAGAUAACAGUGGAAUGUCAGGUGCUGCUAAAGGCUGUGAAGCGAAGUAAAGCUAGGUAAAAGGAGAAAGAACAGACACCAGUAGUGGGGAUGUACAGGUAAGGCCUCUCUGAAAAAGAGGCCCUUGAGUGUGUCAGUGAGGGAGCCACCUCAAGGGCUGGGGAGAGAUCUUCCCAGAGGAGAGGAAACCUUCUCUGGCACAUUGGAAGAAGAAAGAGGGCAGUCUGGCUGGAGCACAAAAUUUUAUGAAUAAGCAUCAGAAGCCAGUGCUAACAGGCCAGCGGUUCAAAACUCGGAAAAGGGAUGAAAAAGAGAAAUUCGAACCCACGGUCUUCAGGGAUACACUUGUCCAGGGGCUUAAUGAAGCUGGUGAUGACCUUGAAGCUGUAGCCAAGUUUCUGGAUUCCACAGGCUCAAGAUUAGAUUAUCGUCGCUAUGCAGACACACUCUUUGAUAUCCUGGUGGCUGGCAGUAUGCUUGCCCCUGGAGGAACACGCAUAGAUGACGGAGACAAGACCAAGAUGACCAACCACUGUGUGUUUUCAGCAAAUGAAGAUCAUGAAACCAUCCGAAAUUAUGCUCAGGUCUUCAAUAAACUCAUCAGGAGAUAUAAGUAUUUGGAAAAAGCAUUUGAGGAUGAAAUGAAGAAGCUUCUCCUCUUCCUUAAAGCCUUUUCCGAAACAGAGCAGACAAAGUUGGCGAUGCUGUCGGGGAUCCUGCUGGGCAACGGCACCCUUCCCGCCACCAUCCUCACCAGUCUGUUCACCGACAGCUUAGUCAAAGAAGGCAUUGCAGCCUCAUUUGCGGUCAAGCUUUUUAAAGCAUGGAUGGCAGAAAAAGAUGCCAACUCUGUUACCUCUUCUUUGAGAAAAGCCAACUUAGAUAAGAGGCUGCUUGAACUCUUUCCAGUUAACAGGCAGAGCGUGGAUCAUUUUGCUAAAUACUUCACUGACGCAGGCCUGAAGGAGCUUUCCGACUUCCUCCGAGUCCAGCAGUCCCUGGGCACCAGGAAGGAACUGCAGAAGGAGCUCCAGGAGCGUCUUUCUCAGGAAUGCCCAAUCAAGGAGGUGGUGCUCUAUGUUAAGGAAGAAAUGAAGAGGAAUGAUCUUCCGGAAACAGCAGUGAUUGGACUUCUGUGGACCUGUAUAAUGAAUGCUGUUGAAUGGAACAAGAAGGAAGAACUCGUUGCAGAGCAGGCCCUUAAGCAUCUGAAGCAAUACGCUCCACUCCUGGCUGUGUUCAGCUCCCAAGGCCAGUCAGAGCUGAUCCUCCUCCAGAAGGUUCAAGAAUACUGUUAUGACAACAUCCAUUUCAUGAAAGCUUUUCAGAAGAUCGUGGUUCUCUUUUAUAAAGCUGAUGUACUGAGUGAAGAAGCAAUAUUGAAAUGGUACAAAGAAGCACAUGUUGCCAAAGGCAAAAGUGUUUUUCUUGACCAGAUGAAGAAAUUCGUUGAGUGGCUACAAAACGCAGAAGAAGAAUCUGAGUCAGAAGGUGAAGAAAAUUAGAUGGCUCAAGAAGCACAAUAGGCCACCACACAACACUUUUACUGGGAAUGCUGAACCAUUUGAGAAGAGAAAACUUGGCUUCCGUUUUCACAAAGGAAAAAAAAAAAAAAAUAGGAUAGGCUGCCCUUGUGCGAAGGGGGAAAUGGUUUUUGUUUUCGUUUUGUUUUUAAAUGGAGCCCUGAGGCAUCAGCUAUUAUACUUGGGACUCUACCUCUCACUCACUAUAUGCUAACUUAAAGCCAUUCAACAAGGAGUCCAGUAGGUAUCUGAAAUUCAAUACUCAACAGACUCCUCUUUUUUAGCUGUAUUUUUCAGGUACUGUGUGGUGAACGCCCCACUGGUGUCUAUUACAGGGCCACUUUGGUAGUUGUGUAUCUGCUCGUGUAUGUGAUUUGACAAACCAGUUUUUUAAAAUAAAUGGCUUUUUAAAAA